AUGGCUCUCCGUAUCCUGGUCCUUGGAAGCGGCGGCCGAGAGCACGCCCUCGUUUGGAAGUUCGCUCGAUCCGCUCUUGUAGAACAGAUCUUUGUCUGUCCUGGCAAUGGAGGUACCUCGCAAGUGCCCAAGGUCAAAAAUGUCUCCGUCGGCAACAACACUUUCGAGGAACUCGUCUCGUUCGCGACACAAGAGAAGAUCUCGUUCGUCUUGCCAGGGCCGGAGCAGCCUCUCGUAGAAGGCGUAGAGGAGCACUUUCGUAAAGUGGGUAUCCCCGUUUUUGGCCCUUCUCAGCUCGCUGCGCGCAUGGAAGGCUCCAAGGCUUUUGCCAAAGCGUUCAUGGACCGCCACAGCAUCCCUACCGCCAAGUUUCGUGUCUUUGUUGCCUCAGAAUACGAACAGGCCAUUGAGUACGUCAAGACAUGUGGCUUCCAGGUUGUGAUUAAGGCAAGCGGCCUCGCUGCUGGAAAGGGUGUCCUCAUUCCAGAGACAGUUGACGAAGCUAUCGCUGGUCUUAAAGAGAUCAUGGUGGACAGUGUAUUCGGAUCCGCAGGUAGCGAGGUUGUCGUUGAGGAACUCCUCACUGGUCCAGAGAUCUCCGUGCUCGCUUUCUCUGACGGCUACACUGUCGUGCCUCUGCCCGCUGCUCAAGAUCAUAAGCGCAUCGGUGAGGGCGAUACCGGCCCCAACACUGGCGGAAUGGGUGCAUAUGCUCCCGCUCCCAUUGCCACC